CACCAGCUCUGUCUAAUUUCCUUAAUUCAUGAAAUAUUGCCGUAUAAAAGGUCGUAUUAUAGGUUGACGUACCAAGGUAUUGGCUUACACCGUUCAAAGUACUCCAUAUAUUGUCGUACCAGCCGACAAAAUAAAGCGAAACAACGAAUGUCGUACUUAGUAAUGCACGAAGUGUUGUAAUAAAGGUAUUUGUCGAUUUAAAUUUCAUUUGUCGAUUAUGGCCACUGUAAAAUCUCGCAAGGAACAAAUUUUGCACGAUCGCAAAAGUUUCGAUGCGGCUUUGCCGAAAUUAAUUGAACAAGCAAUGGAAGAUAUGAUGGGCGAAACCUCCGAUGCCAUGUUGCAUCUUGAGAAGAACAUCAAGUAUAAUGUCCUUGGAGGUAAAAUGAAUCGAGGAAUGACAGUGCUGUCAACUUGGAGACUGUUGCUAGGUGAUAAAACACCUAGUGAUGACGAGUAUUUUUUGGCUAUUGUGCUGGUGCUCCUGUAUUCUCUGUACUGCUUCAAGCAUGCUUCUUAGUCUCCGACGAUGUCAUGGAUCAGUCAUUAACGAGACGUGGAAAACCGUGCUGGUUUAGACAGGAAGGUAUUGGUUUCAUUGCUGUCAACGAUGCUUUAAUGUUGGAAUCAAUGGUGUACCGAUUGAUCAACUAUAAUUUCAUUGAAAAAGAUUGCUAUUCGAACAUUAUUCGUGUAGUUCACGAGGCGAUGUAUCAAACGGAAAUUGGUCAAACACUCGAUAUGACUACCAAACCAGAAGAGAAUUUUGCGAACUUUACUUUGGAGGCAUACAAGGCUAUUGUGAAGUGGAAAACAUCUUUCUAUUCAUUUUAUUUGCCUGUGGCACUCGCGAUGUACAUGCACAAUUUGACCGACGCCGGGCUUCACGAUAUUGCCAGGGAGAUCUUGCUGGAAAUGGGGGAGUUUUUCCAAAUCCAGGACGACUAUCUUGAUUGCUACGGCGAUCCGGCAAUCACGGGAAAAGUUGGAACGGAUAUUGAAGAAAUGAAGUGUUCUUGGCUGCUCGUUCAGGCUUUGCUGAGAGUUGAUGGAACGCAGAGGAAAGUUCUUAAGGAAAACUACGGUGUGAAUGAUCCCGCUGCCGUUGCAAAGGUGAAAGACAUAUACUCAAAGUUGGAUUUAAAAUCCGUAUAUCACAAGUACGAAGACGUUAGUUAUGAUAAAUUAAUGAAAAUGAUCGAGAAAGCUCCUAGCGAUUUGCCUAAGGAAAUAUUCACAGAACUUGCCUCGAAAUUAUACAAGAGGGACAAGUAACGAUUUCUAAAUAACUUUAACUUAUAUUUUGAAAAUCAUAGACUUACGCUCCAAAAGUAUUUCUUCGAUCAAAAUUUAAUGACUUAAUGUUUGAUGAAUAGAUUUAAUGACAACGAUUACGACAUUAAACUUUAAAAUGUC